ACAACAGUUACGAAACUAAAAGGCACGAACCGCAUAAACGGUGAAUUUCGCAGGCUACGAAAUAGACUGACUCUGGUUUUCAAAGAGGUCCUUUGAGCUUGACUGUCGCACCGCGGUACAAUUGAACCUAAUCGUGUGUUAUGCGCGUGGAUUUGGUUUGGUUGUUGUAUAUUGAAGUAGUAUAUUAAACAUCAGUUUUAUUACAAUGUGUAACUUUUCACAGCAUCAUUGGUUUAUUAGAAAGGUUUUGAGUUGGAGAGCAGCUGCAGCUGUGGCGUGGUCUGUAUUACUCCUUCCUCUGUGCACAUUACUGUUCAUAUUUCUGUGUAGAUUCGAUCUGUUUCAUCCAGUGCAGUGGAUCUCAGAUUCCUUGAAUGACUGGUGCAGCUCCUAUGUCAUGUUUUCCUUACUGCUGCUGUGUAUAGCAGUCUUGAUGAUAAGUGCUUCUGAUAUGUACUGUUGUGCAGUGGUCCCUUCUGUUUCAUGUACCAGAGUAGCUUUGAUGGCAAGGGUGCUGCAUGUCUGUCACUUUGUCUAUGUUGCAGUGGGAUUCAUAGUAGCCUGCUGUACAGCAUUGAUUAUAGGAGACCGCUAUCGAUUUAUCACUGCUUCUUGCAUAACUAAAGAAAGUCCAGCUACUAGUCACCAGAUCUGCCUCAAUGAGUAUUUUAUUUUCAUACUGCUGGCUGGAGGCUUCACAGGAUUUUAUUACAGUAUAUGUUAUUUUGCAAAGAACAUGAGCUGUUUACCUUUUCCUGCUAUACAACAGUAUAAAUACCUACGCUUCAAGGCAGCCUUACCUUUGCUAAUUAAGCACAGUGCAGCACAGUCCUUCCAUUCAGUCAAGUACUUCUACAUGAUUUACUUCUUUUUAGGAUAUAUUCCAAGAGCUUGGUUUAGCACAAUAAUGGAUCUUUCUGAAGAUAGAUUUCGUCAGCCUCUUAAUACCUUAAAAGGACUGAUGGAUAUAUCCCUCCUAUAUCAUACUUGGUUGUCUGGCACAUUUUUAUUGAUAAUUUGGUACAUUGAAUGGCUACUCUUCAGGAUCUAUGCAACUGAAGACUAUUAUUUUCCUGUGCAAUCGUCUUUUGCAGAAGAUGUGGAUCGUUGCCUUCCAAAAGUGUUGAACAGUAAUCCUCCCCUUAUUGUUAAGUUUUUAGCCUUACAAGAUCUGGCUUUGCUUGCCCGACAUUCACCCUCACGGCGACAAGAAGUGUUUAGUCUCAGUCAGCCAGGUGGUCACCCUCACAACUGGUUGGCAAUUUCUACAGAGUGUUUAAAUUUGUUGAGUAGUUUAACUCAGAAGCUAGUUGCUUAUCAAGAAGCUAUUGCUGUGAAUGGCAGAAUAAGGCACUCGUAUUCGAGCUCUGGAGAAUCAAGAUCAUCGUCAUCCAGUUCAGGAACCUCGAUAACUGAAGAACCUGCUGGCCAGCAAGUGGUCACCCAACUACAAAAGACCACUCCCCAAACACCAAUCCCGUCGCUUGUCAAAACACUACCAUUUAAAAUGGCUGCUCCUUUCACACCAGACUUAGGAAGUCCCUUCAGCUCACCACCAAUGAAUACUAUGGUUGGAGUGGUAGACCCCAGCUCUCCUUGGUAUGGGUCAGUGCAGAGUCCCCAUGUUAUGAGAAGAGGACCAAAACUGUGGACAUCAGGUUCCAGUCCAUAUACUGAACCUGCUCAGAACAAUUCUCCUUAUGAAGCAGUACCCCCUGUUAUUUUCCGUGGACGUUUUGAAGAAAGAAAACCUAAUUUUGUAUCUAUAUGGUUUCAACAAAAGCAAGAACAGGUUAAACAUUUCCUUGGAAGACGAGCUUUAAUAAUGUAUUUAUUUGACAAGCAUCCUGAAGCUUCAAGUCAAGCAUUGUUUGCUGAUAGCCAAGCACAUAUUUGGGCACUUGAAGGUUUGUCACAUUUGGUUGCAGCUUCAUUAUCAGAAGAUAGGUUUGGUGUCGUACAGAUGAAACUUCCAUCUAUUCUUAAUGCAUUACUUGCUCUACAGGAGGCAGUGGACAAGCAUUUCAAACUACCUCAUGUCUCAAGCAAACCGGUCAGGCCUUCAGAAAGUUUAACUGAUAUGUCAUUCAAAACAUUGAGAUUUGCUCUUCGGUCUUCCCUGAGAACUGCAAUUUACAGGAUAACAACUGCAUUUGGAGAACAUCUAAAUUCUGUACAGAUUUCUGCAGAGCAUCAAAAAAGACUCCAGCAGUUUUUGGAAUACAAGGAAUAAUUUUUCAUAUGGCAGUACUCACCACCACUAAAGUAUUUCAAGCAGCGUUGGGUAAAGACAUGUCAGCAAGGCCUACAGAAUUAUUUAAAGGAUCGAGAAGUUCUAUAUUUGGUACUCUGACAUUCUGUUGGUGCUGUUCUUUGACUUUGGAGUUAAUUAAAUUUCUUGUGCCUCUGGAAUGACUUUUGAAACCAAGUUUCUAAACUCUUCUACAAUUAAUUUACUUGUUCAAUUGCACACUUUUUUUUUUCAGUUGCAAUCUGUCAUCACUUGUUUACACAUCCUUCACUGUUCACUUGUACAUUGAUCCUUUCUUUGCAGGCACAAUAUAUUUUUGUAAGACUACUUUAUUUGAUAUGGCUAUGGCAGCACCAUGUGCUGACUUGAAAAACUGACACUUUUAAGUGAGAACUCCCAACUCGGAGCCCGAAGGUUGUCUGUAGCACUAUGGCGAUAAUGUUUUGAAGGAUGUUACUUCGCAUACAGAAGCAAUGUCUCCUUAAGCAAACGAUCGAUGUAACCUGCAUUUGGCUUUCUUGCUCUUCUCAUCUGAAUUUUCUUUUGUAAGAUGAUGUGGGUGAAUGAAGACUCUGGGCAUUUUAGUGUAGUAUAUUAAAAUUAGUCAGUCUGUUAUUAAAACAUGUUUUUUACUUUA